AUGGCUUCCCAACCUCCCGUCAAGCGUCCUCCCCCAGCGCCCUCAAAUCCGGUGCUCCUGGCGGUUCAAUCACAAUGGCUCUUUACGGAGGAAGAACUUUCCCGCUCGCCGUCGCAGCGCGGCGGCAUGAGUAUGGACACAGAGCUCUUGCACCGGAGCAAAGGGGUUAAUUUCAUUACUCAAGUUGGGAUUAUGUUGAAGCUUCCCCAGCCCACCCUUGCGACAGCUGCGGUCUAUCUACAUCGGUUCUUCAUGCGCUAUGUCAUGUCUGAGAGGCCGGAUCGGCCGGGAAUUCAUGCUUACCCGAUCGCGGCGACGUCCUUGUUCUUAGCUACAAAGGUGGAGGAAAAUGUCCGGAGGAUGAAGGAGCUGGUGGUGGCUUGCUGUCGUGUCGCACAAAAGAACCCCAACCUUGUUGUGGAUGAGCAGAACAAAGAAUUUUGGAAAUGGCGCGAUACUAUUCUACACCAUGAGGACAUCCUGCUGGAAGCCCUAUGCUUUGAUUUGCAGCUCGAACAGCCGUACAGGAUAUUGUAUGAGUUCAUCUGUUAUUUCGGCGUCAACGAUAACAAGCAUGUCCGCAAUUCGUCAUGGGCCUUCCUCAACGACUCAAUGUACACGGUUCUCUGUCUCCAAUUCCCUGCUCGUGUUAUCGCCGCUGCCGCAUUUUAUGCUGCUAUCAGCCACUGUGAUAUCGCAUUCGAAGACGAUGAACUUGGUCGACCGUGGUGGGAGCAGAUCGAUGUUGACUUGGCGGAUAUUCGUCGCGCGUGCAGCAGGAUGGCAAGCCUGUAUGAAAGCAAUGCACAACACAACAAACACAGCCAGCAUUACCCGAGUAUCCCAUCCUCGUUUAGCGAAGGCAGUGAGAAAACUAGAAUUCCGCGUUCCGGCGGAUCGCUCGACGCACCUGACCCGCCAUCAAGAAAGCGCUCGCGGGAGCCGGAAGAUGAUUCCCAUUAUAAUAACCAUACACCGCAAGGUACUGCGUCUCCGAAACCAGGCGAAACAUCUCAGAACGGGCGACAGUCACCAAAACGUCCACGAGUAGAGUCAGAUGCAGGGUCAUUCGAAGGAACCUCGUCAUCCUUCUCCCACGACCGCCUACCUAAUGGCCAUAACGCCCAGCAACAUCACCGUCACCCACAUCCACUACCACGUACACCGCAAACAACAUUUCCGCCGCGCGGAAACAGUGACUCCCAAAACGUCGACCCCAUCCAGCAACGCAUUGAUGAAAUCGUCCAGAAAAACUCCGCCACACCCCCAAAACACUCCUCCAAACGUGUGCCAGAUAGCCGGCAUCGAGAGCAAGAAGAUGAGGACCCCAGUUGGAAACGAAAAUCCUCAUAUUCUUCUACCGCUAAGAAUGAACAUCUGCCUCCCCCACCUCCUGAGAGUCGCCAACAGCCUCCACCGCCGCCCCCGGAACCAGAGCCGGAAGAUGAAGGUGGCGGGAGUGAAGAGGGCGAGUUAUGA